AUGGCGCGACCAACGGAAGGCUUUGAUUUGCAACUAUACCUGGCGGUCUCUAACCAUUCGGUAAGCGCCGCCCUCAUUCAAGAGUCUCCAGUUCUUAAAUUAAUUUAUUUUGUUAGCAGAACUCUGCAGGGAGCAGAAGAGCGAUAUUCCCAGGUGGAAAAAGUGGCCCUAGCUUUGAUUACUGCAGCUAGAAGACUCCGACCGUACUUCCAGAGUCAUCAAGUCGUUAUCCGGACGAACCACCCGAUCGCCAAAAUUCUCCAAAAACCGGAUCUAGCGGGCCGAAUGGUUGCCUGGUCCAUUGAAUUAUCAGAAUUCGGCCUCCGUUUCGAACCACAUGGCUCCAUCAAAGGUCAACAUCUGGCCGACUUCACGGCAGAACUUUCGCCGGCAAUCAUACCGCCCACAUGGACUUUAAGCAUGGACGGAUCCUUAGACAGGAAAGGAGGCGGUGCUGGAGUCGUACUCGAGGGACCGAACGGUGAACUUGUCGAACAGGCCAUAUCCUUCAAUUUUCAACUCAGUAAUAACCAAGCUGAGUACGAGGCCCUAAUCAGCGGGCUACUUUUGGCUGUGGAAUUGGAGAUCGAGCGCUUGGAAUGCCGAAUGGACUCACAGCUAGUCGUCGGUUUCAAUAUUGCACAUGUACCUCGAGCACAGAACUCCCGAGCGGAUCUAUUCUCUAAGCUGACACACAGUCGGAACAAAUCUCAACUAACCUCGGUGAUCCGAACCACACUGGAUAAACCCUUGUUAGAGACGUGUUCCAUUGAUCUCACCUCCUCAAAAACUGACUGGCGACACGAAAUCAUACAACUAAUGACUCAACAGGAACAGGGCGGGUUUGUGAGUGCCUUCGACUCUAAACGAAUCGCCCGUUAUACCUUCAUCGGCGACGACCUUUACCGACGCGGGUAUACCACCCCACUAUUGAAGUGUCUAUCUGCAGAUGAAGGAAAAUAUGUCAUUCAAGAGCUGCAUCACGGAAUCUGUGGUACACACUCGGGCAAAAGACUACUUCAAGCAAAAAUCCUACGAGCAGGCUUCUAUUGGCCUACCAUUGAAAGAGACUACGCAGAUUUCGUACGAAGGUGCAUCUCUUGUCAAUCUCAUGGACAUGAUACCCGAAUCCCUCCAUCCGAACUCAUGGGAAUCAUCUCCCCAUGGCCUUUCGCUCAGUGGGGGAUGGACAUAGCCGGCCCCUUACCGAUCGGCAGCGGACAGCGCAAAUAUCUCCUUGUGGCGGUAGACUAUUUCACCAAGUGGAUCGAAGCGGAGGCCCUCGCAACAAUUACCGCCCGAAAAACUAAUGGUCAAGCAGAGGCGGCCAACAAAGUCAUAAUUGCUGAACUGAAGAGACGUCUGGGACAAGCCAAGGGUUUAUGGGUUGAAGAGCUACCUGAAGUAUUGUGGGCUACCGUUGCACACCGCACGGCACUACCGGCGAAACUCCUUUCAACCUCACAUAUGGAACGGACGCUAUGCUACCGGUCGAAGUUGGAGAGCCCUCCUUGCGGCGGAAUAUACAAGAUAUGA